GGAACGCGAAUUACUUUCUUCAACGGUUUUUCUGAGCUCAUAUAUUUUCGGAUAGAGGAAUUGUCGGGGAUUGUAGUGGGGAGAAACAUCGGCGAUAAAUAAUAGCGCAAACGAUGAGACAGUUACGGGAAACUAUUGAAAAACGAUGAGGCAACAAGCAUGCAGAAUGGAAUGUGAAAUUCUUGAUUCCUAGAAAGAAAAUUGUGUGUUCGAACCGCUCGAAAUCCGAAAUACAAUAAAUUCGGCACUUUCCACGCUGCUAUUAAUCGAAGCCAAAGUUUCAGUUAAAUUUGUACACAAACGAGAAUUCCGCGCCGUUUCAGGGGUUAUAUUUUCGCGUACGUAUAUAUCACGAAAGUUAUUCGCAGAGUGAGAAUAAUCCGGUUUGUUAUUAGAUCAGUUUUUCCGACUCGCUCUCGCAAACGAACGUGAUCUGUCGCACUUCGUUCACGUACAAGACUGCGGUGUUUAGAAAAGUUGUCGGGCACGUCUAACUAUAAUGGUUAAAGAGUUAUGCAAAGCCAAAGGCUCGUUGAUUCCGUAAUUCUGAGGAUUUUUGGGAGCGGCGCUCGAGUACUGACUUUAUUUUCUUCACUGCGAGCUCGAGGUCGUCACAUUCGAAAAAAAUCACUCAAAAUGGGCUGAAAUGAAGUCUCGCGGCGAUUGAAGAAAAUAAUUUGACGAAUUUCUCGUCGAAUCACCAUUGAAAUCGAACUCGGGCGUAGCGAGCUUCACGCAUGUAUCAUUGUAUGCAUAGAGACGCCGUCGAUUUUGUGAGUAAUAGUGUAGCAAAGGCUUUUGUUGUCGAAGCAUCGUGGGGUAGUGUGGUGGGGCGACGACCACUCGGCCAACGACUAUAAAGGCCUCGGCACUUAACAAACCGGAUCUAUUCCAAGAGCGGGAUUCGAAGUGUCUCACGAUUUCGGAGACUGCGUGCAUGAUAUUUUUCCUUCGAUAUAUACAAAAAAUAAAAAAUAUUAAAACGAGCGAAAGCGGAAGGACUCCGGGAUACCGAGGACCAUGUGAAUCGACCCCGGAUCAAGGGUGCACAGAAUUAAAUAGAAAAACAUCAUUGUUUCAAUAAAUACAAUAAUAAUCGAUCAUUCGUCAGAGACAAGCAUAAAUUAUUGAGAUUAAACGUACGCGUCAAGUAGGCACAAGGAAAAGUGAACUCUCGUUCCCUCCGUAUUCACGUGAACCCUUAAAAAUCUACCAUUCAGUGAGAAUAAUAAACAAAAAGGGAUAAAAAUGCCAACCUGCACUUGCGAACGGAGAGAGGAGCUCACGCUCGACGAUAAUCAUGACUGCCAGCUUAAACUUCCGGCGGAACGACCGCCAAAGUGCUGCUGUUCUCGGGAUCACGAGAGCGAAGUCAGGUACAUAGACGGAUCCGUUCGCUUAAGGAACCCAAACAUCGAGCUCAUGGAUCAAGACAUCUUGUACCAUUUGGCGUUAGGAAGUGGCUCUCACGAUCUCGUCGAAAUGUUCGGUGACGUCAAGUUCGUAUGCAUGGGAGGUACGCCAAAGCGAAUGGAGCAGUUCGCCUACUACAUCAUGAAGGAAAUAGGUCACAAGAUGCCGGCUGGCACAACGCUUCUCGACAUAAGCCAGUACUCCUAUCGCUAUUCCAUGUACAAAGUUGGUCCUGUACUCUCUAUUAGUCACGGUAUGGGAAUCCCAUCGGUGGGCAUUUUACUUCAUGAGGUCAUCAAGUUGAUGUACCACGCCAAAGUAAGAGAUCCGGUGUUCUUCAGGAUCGGUACAUGCGGUGGAAUCGGCCUCGAAGGUGGUACCGUCGUCAUAUCCGAAGAGGCAGUCGACGGAAUGUUGAGACCAUUCCUUGAGCUGCCUGUUCUAGGGAAAUUAGUCCGAAGACCAGCUAAGCUGGAUCGUCAAUUGACGAGAGAUCUCAAAGCUCUGGCGCAUCCGGAGGAUCCUUACGACACGGUUAUCGGCAAAACUAUGUGUACCCACGAUUUUUACGAGGGCCAGGGACGUUUGGACGGUGCUUUCUGUGAUUUUACUGAAAAUGAAAAAAUGGAUUAUUUGACGAAGGUGCACAAAUCCGGUGUCGUUAACAUCGAAAUGGAGAGUUUGGCGUUUGCUGCACUCACACAUCAUGCGGGUAUCACAUCCGCUGUGGUUUGCGUUACUCUGCUCGAUCGACUAAAGGGUGAUCAGGUUUUAGCUCCAAAGGAAGUACUGGAUGAGUGGCAAAUGAGACCGCAGCAAUUGAUCUCACGUUAUAUAACGAGGUAUCUGCAACGUAAAGGUCGCCUCUCACUCGAGGGUCAUGGCUCAAUGUGCGUUAAGAGUCCACGGCGAUUCAAGCUUGUGCAACAAGAAUCCGAGAAUUAUGAUUAAGCUCGCGCCACGUAGACUCGAGUCAAUCAUUCGAUUCUCUAUUUAUGUAUUUAUAAUUAUUUAUUUUGAAUCAGAGGACUUCUCCAAGGGAGAUACGAUAACAGUAGCGUCGCUAAAGAGCUAUUUUUGCCUCAACAAUGUUGAAUAUUUUUUGCAAACUCCUCUAUAUUUCAAGUUGAAAGGAGACGAAUAUUAAAAACUUACAUGAAAUAACAAAAAUAACUCGAAUUCGAGUCUUCUCAAACUUUCGCAUCUGAUUAAAAACAAUGUAAUUAUAUCAUAUUCCGGAUUUUCGAGUAGCUGUUGAAAAAAAUGUACUAAACGACGUCGGGAGAUAAUAGAAGAGAAAAGUACACGUAGUUGUAGCUACAAUUAAAAUAAUUAUUAUUAUAAUCGUUAUGAUCACAAAGCGCACCGGUAAUUUUUUAAGUCUUGCCACAGAUAUCAGUGCGAUAUGCUCAAGUACAAAGGAAAAAAUAAAUGAAAAACAAACGAUGAAUAUUAAAUUAACAGUUGUGCUGAAUACACCAAAAUUCGAGCUGAAACACAAAUAAUAAUGCCACGAUAAAAACGUUAGUUUAACAAAAUAUGAACCGCGACCAGUCAUCUCGGCGAACUCAAAACAUAUCUGCGGUUAUUUUUUUAUCGGAACCGGUAUAUCGAAAUUUAAAUAUUCUUUCCAUACGUUCGCAAAGACCAAAAUUCAACUUUCUUACCUCGAAAUUAAUAUAUGCAGCGUGCAACGUCACGUUUUUUCUGAACUUUUUUUCAAGUCGAGUUGACACUUUUUUUCAUAGUGUUAAAAAGAACAAAAAUACUUAUCAGCAGGUUAAAAAAAGCCUGCAACCGUUUGGGCUCUUAUCGUUUCGAGCAUUUUCAUAAAUUUUCAACUGGAAUCAAUUUUCUUCUUGCGUAAGCGCGUGUAUCGGUGAUGAUCGAUAGUAAAGAUGUUGAAAAGGCUCGACACCAGCUUUUACCGUUUAUAAACAAUCAAUCUGGCUAAACGCGCAAAUAAACGGUAAUGAAAUAACGUUGAAUAAAGAGCACAAGUUUCAAAGUUAGUUCCAAACUGUUACUACGUAUUCACAUUCCACAGUUCAGGGAUUAUUUGUUUAUUAGUAUGAUUGGGGAGCUUCUACUGUGAAUCGUAUAUGAAAGAAAAUGGUCAGUCGUUGAUUAUUCAGGGAAUUUUCUCGACGACGUAGAUUUUAAUUCAAAGGCGAAUGACGAUUGUUCGUGGACGUUGAGUUUUACUUCUAUUGCUUAUUUUCCUCUUGGUAGUACCUAAUUUUGUUUUUUAAAAAAAAUUUCGUCGACGAUAUGCAAACACUUUAUUGAUAAGAUGCAAAUUCUUGUUGUCAAGUUGUGCUCGUUGUGGGAUGAUGCCAUGUUCCAGUGAUUAAAAUAAUGAAAAAAUGGUGAUUAAACGACAGAAGGGAAGUGCAUCGACACUAAAUUUAUUGUUAAUCGUGCGCAAUGAGAUUUUUCGAGAGUUGCAUUGUGGAGUCAGCUUUUUAUAAGGUCAAGUGUGUACAUGAACACAAAUAUCUGUUUAUUAAACCCGAUAACGGUUAGUGAACUUGAGUGAAUUCGUUAUGAAAAUAAAGUUAAGAAUACAAGUAUAACGAUGUUAUAGCGCAUGUACUGCAACAGCAAUUUCGCAAGUGAAUAUAAUCUUUGCGAAUCUGGAUUUAAAGUCGCCUAUUUACGUUGCAAUACGAAUUUCCCAAGGUCGUUACAGCACUUGAAUACCGAUUGUUCAUUGGCCACUGAGCCACCGCAAUUUUCGAACCUUUUUCCCCAAAAGGAAAGGUGUUUUCAACCCUUCAAAACUUAGCCAAUUCUGCUGAAGUUCGAUAACAGCUAUUCGAAGUUCAAGAGAAAAAUUUUACUCGAGUUCAUCACCGUUGAUCGUUCGUUCGCUUCGUUGAGGAAAAUAAAAAUGAUGAACAUUUUAAAUAUAAUUAUUCUUAGUAAUCGAGAAACGGACACUGCAUCAGGAAUAAAGUGCAUAUUGAAGAAACAGUGCACAGAAUAAAGCGAUAAUAUUUAUCGUGAAAUUCACUGUAAAAUCGACCGUGAUAUGUUUGACUGCAGGGAUAAGUUAACGAAAAGUAUUCAUUUCUGUAACGCGCUGUUAAAUUUUAAAGAUUUUGCGGAAUUAUUAGUUUUAUAACAGUAAAUAUUGCAUGAUGAUGAGUUGCAGCUCGUCACCGCGCUGUCGUUACUUCACGCUAAUUUUUCAAAUUUAAUUCUCUCCGUGUGGAAGUUGAAUAAGUACUCAACAAAUAUUUCAUGAAUUUCAAUAUUCUCGGAUUAAUUGGAACGCCCCGUUCACUAAUGUUCACUGCUUUUCAGCAUAAACUUCUUCCUCGCACCGUAACGAGAAUCCUCGACAGUUCAUUAAAUAUUUUCAGGUUUACUGCGAUUGCAAUUUGCCCGUUUCUCGAUUACGAAACCAUGUACUCGCAUUAUAUCGUGGUCGUUAUCGUAGUUAGUAACUUGCUAUGAUUGUACGUAUACACAUAUAAAUCUCAAUGAAAAAUUAACCUAUAUGUGUGUAUAUAGACGAUCAGAAUUGUUUGAAGUCGGUCCUCCGAUGCGUGCAUCGAUUUUCGGGCCUCACCCCGUUAUUCGGGGAGUGCUACGGAUGCGAUUUUCGUAAUAACGUAAAAACAAAAACAAAAAAAAAAUAAUAGAAAUAUAUAUUACGAGAAACGGUUCUAAGGUCGUUGUUGAAUAAUGUUUUUGCGAUUUCGUUUAAUCGAUUUUUCCUUUCGCGACAUUACGUUCGUUAUUAUGAUCGCGUUAUUGUUGUUAUUGUGGCUACUAUUCGUACGCGAAGCAGAUUUAUUCAACGUUUUACUCAAUAUAAGAACUGCUGAACGUGUAUCAAGGACGGUACUGCGUAUUUGCGAUUGGUUUUACUAUUUCGAGCACGAUAGAGAAGCUUAUGAUAAUUACGUGCGGUUUGACGAUAAAAUAACAACUAAAAUUCGAUCCCCUCGUAUAUACGAGCAUUGCGAUAUUGAUGAUGGCACAACCAGUUCGACCCAGAGUAAUGCUCUUUUCAUAUGUUCCAUUCCUCUUCAAUAAAUAUUUUAUCCCGUGAACAACGACAUAUCUGUGAUGCGUAUUAUUAAUUUUAAUGACGAAUAUUAAUCGAAUGAAACUCGAUACUAAUAGACGAAAAACACUAUUAUUAAAAGUUGAUCCUCGUCGUCUCCUUCUUGACGAUGGCGAUGAAAAAUUCGAGACCGAAAGGACGCUAGCCUAUCGUUGAAAUUGUCCACUCUUGUGCCAUACGAAGGUAUACAUGUGAAUUUUAAGUGAAAAAAAAACUUCUGUACGAAUAACAACAACAAGAGAAAUGUUGUGUUUUCUGUAUCAUUCGUGAUAUAAAAUCUCGUUUGUCUGUAACCUAUAUCUGUCUGUAUUACGAUGUGUACUACGUCUGGCGCGCGAAUCGAUGUCUGACUUUCACACAAAUUGAUGUUUCCAGGACUCUCGAUUUAAAAUAAGACUUAAAAUCGCAGAAAUCUUUAAAUUCUUAUGUAAUAGUGGAAAUCACCAAAUUUCGGGACUCACGAAUUUCUUUCAAGAUCCAUGUUCGAUGCGAUUGAUGUGGCAUAUUCGAUUUUUCCAACACUUGGAUUAUUUUCUUCGAAAAUCAUUCUUUCAAGUCCGUAUUUUUCAUGAUUUAUACACGAAAAAAUAGCAUUGACUUGCAGAAAUUUGAAUAAACAAUAAUUUGACAAAAUUUGUUUGAAAACUGCAAUAAUAUCAAAGUAAAGUCCUGGAUAAUGUCCUUCUAUAUGAAUUCAGACAUCUCUUAUUUAGAUAUUAUGUGUAAGCAUAAAUAUAUAUACUUUUAAAAAGUUGAUGAAACUUGAAUUAUGUACUCUUGCACCAAGCUCCUAUUUCGCCACUGCGAGCUUCAUUUCUUUAUACGUAUGUGACAUUUAAAUCGCGUCCUUUUAGAAUCCGAUGCUGGCAUGAGGGUUACAUCGUGACAAUUGUUGAUUGUACAUUAUUUUAUGAACGGACAAUAAAGGGAGCGAAACAAUACACCAAAUAA